UCUGUGCUUGAAGACUAAUUAUCUUGCGAUGUCAAAUUAGCACUUCCUUGGCGCCUUGGCAAUGCUUUUGAUCAGUGAUGCCAUUAAUGAUGUACAAAGCAGCAGGACGGAUCGUUCCCAGCUGCAUACUGCAUCACACAUGGUACAUGAUAGACUGGUAGCGUACCCUUUGUUGUUGUUACUGUGCACUGCAGCAUCCAGUCUAGACAGCAGUGAUCAGGAGGGUUGGAAGCGCCUUCUUACUCAACGCGCGCUGAUUCAGUCAAGAACUUAUGUUAAACCCUAUAGACCUCUAUGACGGUUUCGAGAAACGGGGCCCCAGUCUGAGUCUUCAAGUUCCAGUUCUUGUUCUUUACUCCUCCUUCUCAUCAUGCUCAUACUUAUACCUUGAAUACCUUGAAUACCAAAGCUUCUACGCAUCUAGGCACUGUUAGAUAAGGUGAUGUGAGGUGAAGCGUGACGUUCACCAGGGAAUGAAAGGAUAAUGCACUCGUAAAAUAUUCUCAGAAAGAUUGAAACGCUGAUACCAACAAAAAACACCUCUCCCGGCCAGGUACCUGUUCAUUCAGUUUAGCAGGAUGACGCGUGCAAAGAUGAUCCACAAACUUCUCUACGGUGGCGUCGUGGUCUUAUGCCUUGUGAGUUGCUGGAAUGCCAGAUUGCUCUACACUGCAACAGAUGACAAGCAACCGGCCAAGCAUGCAGAGUUUGUGAAGCAGGUCAUAGGUCAACGAGACACUCUUUUUGACACUGUCAACAUACUCAAACAAAAAUGUGCCAGUAGCAAUGACAGAUCACAUGUACCGGCGAGGAACGCGUCGUGUGGAAUGACUCCGCUAUGGACCAAGCCUAAUGAAGAAGCCCUCAAGAAGGCCCUGGUCUUGGGAUACGAACGGAAUGAGCCAGGUUUUCUGACAGUUGGCAUACCCACAGUUGAAAGAAAGAGCGAGCUUUACUUGACACAAACCCUGGAUUCCCUCAUUGACAACUCCACUCCGGAGCAACGGUCAGAUGUCGUUCUUCUUCUAUUCCUGGCAGAUCUUGACGAAGAGAAACGCAACAUCUUGAAGAACAUGAUGAUGGACAAGUACCUCAGCCAUCUUGAGAGUGGUUUCAUACAAGUCAUCCAGGCUCCUUCAGGGUUCUACCCGCCCCUCGGCAACCUGAAACUGAAGUAUGGCGACUCAAAGGAGAGGGUUUACUGGCGGUCCAAACAGUGUGUGGAUUUUGCUUUCAUGUUCUUUUACGCUGAGAGUCUUUCAAAGUAUUACAUCCAAAUUGAGGAUGAUGUCAUUACUACCCCAGGGUAUAUAACUGCAAUUCAACAGUUUGUUCAGCUCAAAAGCAACAUCGAUUGGGUAACUCUUGAGUUCUCUGUCCUGGGCUUCAUCGGGAAGCUGUUUCAUGCGUAUGAUCUUGACAGACUUGCGCAGUUUGUCAUGUUCUUCUACCAGGAUCAACCUGUGGAUUUCCUCUAUAGAUAUUUCAAUUCUGUGAACGGGCAGCAAGAGACGUACCUGCGGGUGCCCUCACUUUUCCAACACAAGGGCAAACAGUCAUCGCUUAAAGAGAAGGAAAUGGACAUGGAGGACAAUUUCUUUGAACCUGAUCAUCGCAAGUAUACAGAUAGUGACAAUCCUCCAGGUAAGGUGUACAGCGACAUGAAACCAUUCAGCAUGUACUUGCCGCAGUUGAGCUACAGCCCGGAGCCUGGGUUCUUCUGGGCAGGUAGUCCUAAAGAAGGCCAGUCAGUAAUUCUUGUAUUCAAUCUGCCAACUCUGUUAUCCCGCGUGGCCAUCGCUACCGGAUCGGACAAACAUCCUGCAGACAUGCUGGAAGAGGCUGCAGUUGAGUUAAGCUCAAAGGUACUUCAUAAAGGAAAUGAGGGAUCGUUGCCGGAGUGUAGCGACUAUGUCGAGGUUGGGCGAUUUCUGAAAGGGGAGAUUGACGUAAAUGUUCGGGAAAAAUUUACUGAAGCGGUGGCGUGUCUACGUAUUCAUGUUCUUAAGUCUCAGGUUCAGUGGGCAGUUAUAAGAGAGAUUGCUGUGUGGCUGCCUCACUGAUUAUAACACACAGCGGAUGAUUCCAUGUUUGUCUGACAGGACAUUGGUACAACUGUCCUACAGACUGUCAACAUAUUUGGUGAAGAAUUGUGUCGUGUUCUUCAGAAAGAGACAGUCAAUUACCAUACUGAACGGCUUCUCAUAUUCUUUAAGAGGGAAAAAAAAUAUGUUGAAUAGGACAUAUUUCAUGCAAUCAUCCCAACUCAGACGACUUUGCUGUAAAGAGGAAGUCCACCCUGAUAUUAAAUUGGCUUUAUUAGUACAUGUAGUAGAAAAAUGAGAGGAAAAUGUUAGUG